GACGUUAGCUCUUAUGGCAUGUGAUCCUUUGACAGCAGUUUGCCUUUUGAUCUUCAAAAAUCAAAUUUUGAAGCUGGACAAACAGAAUAUAAAUAUAAAGAUCAAACCCCCUCAACGAAAAGAAAAAAUAAUCUGACUGAUCCUCUUUCAUUUCUUGUAACCACUUGGUUUAUUGCAACCUCAAAAUCAUGAGCCACAUAAAUAUAAAAAACCCAUGUUCUUGUAGUGGCAACUAGCUAGUGGAAUUAUGGUUUUGGUGAAUCCUACAACGAAAAGUUAAACUUCCCUUUUUUGUUAAGAAUGGAAACAACGUCGAAGAAGAGUUGUGGUGGGGGAGGAUUUGAGAAGAAGAGGAAAGAUGGGUCUGAGUUACUGACCGAUUCAAGAGAGAGUAGCAACUCGAGUUGUGGGAGUAGUUCUAGUGAGGUAGCUAAGACAAAUAAUGGGCGUGCUUCACCAUCUCCUCUGGGCUGGCCUAUAAGGGAAUCUGGAGAGUGCAAAAGCUUGGUCUCUAUUGGAAAUGGAAGUGAAGAAAAGAAAGCCCAUAUGGAGGAUUUAAAAUUCAGAAAGCUAGGAUCAAAGCUUUCAGAGAUUGAUAUGAUGAAGGAGAGGUUUGCAAAAUUGUUGCUUGGUGAGGAUAUGUCAGGGUCUGGAAAAGGGGUUUGCACAGCUUUGGCUAUAUCAAAUGCCAUCACCAAUUUGUGUGGUCAUGUUUUUGGGCAACUGUGGAGACUAGAGCCAUUGCCUGCAGAGAAGAAAUCAAUGUGGAGAAGAGAGAUGGAGUUACUUCUUUGUGUUGGAGAUCACAUUGUGGAAUUAAUACCCUCCUGGCAGACAUUUCCUGGUGGUAGUAAGCUUGAGGUCAUGACUUGCAGGCUUAGAUCCGAUCUUUUUAUAAAUCUACCAGCUCUGAGUAAACUAGACAAUAUGCUUCUUGAAGUUUUAGAUAGUUUCACGGACACAGAGUUUUGGUAUGUUGAUCAAGGGAUUGUAGCCCCAGAUGCAGAGGGGUCAGCCUCUUUUCGUAAAACAAUACAGAGGCAAGAAGAAAAAUGGUGGCUACCCGUACCCCGUGUCCCAGCUGGUGGUCUCAGUAAUGAUGCAAGAAAGCAGUUGAACCACACACGUGAAUGCACCAAUCAAAUACUGAAAGCUGCAAUGGCAAUCAACAGUGUUGCUUUAGCUGAAAUGGAUAUUCCUGACUCGUACUUGGAAGCUCUUCCAAAGAAUGGGAGAGCUUGUCUAGGGGACCUUGUGUACCGAUAUAUUACUUCAGACCAGUUCUCUGCAGAGUGCCUGCUCAAUUGCCUUGACCUGUCAUCUGAACAUGUUGCUCUAGAUAUUGCAAAUCGUGUGGAAUCAGCAAUUUAUGUAUGGCGUCGGAGAGCCCAUUCAAGACCCCCACCGAAUCCAAACCGCUCCACUACAAAGUCAUCAUGGGAGAUGGUCAAGGACUUAAUAGUUGAUGGAGAUAAGAGGGAAUUGCUUGCAGGAAGAGCUGAAAGUCUCCUGCUUUCCUUGAAGCAGUGGUUCCCUAAUCUAACCCAGACCACCUUGGACACCAGCAAAAUCCAAUUCAACAAGGAUGUUGGGAAAUCAAUUAUCGAGAGUUAUUCAAGAGUUUUGGAGAGCUUGGCGUUUAAUAUUGUGGCCCGUAUUGAUGACUUGUUAUACGUGGAUGACUUGACUAAACAUUCGGACAAAUUGUCUUCGGUUCCAACUGUCAGUGUGAUUUCUCACAAGAAGGUUUCAAUUCCCUACUCUGUGCCUGUCUCAGGCACUCCAUACAAAACAACAUUUAGUACACCGAGCUUUUCACCUAUGCCGCUUAUUAGUCCUAUACGGGGAGAGAGAACUCCAUUCCUCCACAAUAUCACCACUUCCAACAACGAUAACAACAAGCCUCACCGUCGUGGUUUUGGUGUGAAGAGAGUUCUGACGAGCUAUCUUGGUGUUGAUUCAAGACCAAAGAUAUGUGGUAAUACAAACGAAGGAUCAUGUCCAAAUCCAAAGACAAAUCUAAGAGAGGAUAUGGGGCCGGAAAAGGGCUCACCGACCCAAAAAAAUGUGACUACAUUGCCUCAAAGUGCUCCCAAAUAUAUUGUAACCUGACAAGGAAAAUUGAAAUACAGCUUGAGAAUUAGGAUUGUUCGUUCAUGCUGGAGAGAACCUUCUGAUAUUUAUUGUUGUUUACGAUUUUAAUUUCUUCUUUUCGUUCUUGAUUGUUACUGUCAAUAGCUUUGUAUGUAAACCAAAAAAAAUUAUUUUCUUU